AGCAAUUUAACCUUUCCCCUCUUCCCCCCUCCGUGCAGCAUCGUUCCCUCUCACGUCUCAUCGUACUCUACUCAAGUCCUACUCUGACGCCUCCAAUAUGACUUCUCAAGACUGGCUUAAGGGUAACCAGCAGGGCCGUGUUUCCAUUGACGGACAUGAUCUCUUUCUGCGCGCUGACGGUCCCGAUCGGAUCCCGGGUCAGCCGGUAGUGAUUCUUGAAUCUGGCCUAGGUGGCUCAUCAGUCUCAUGGCCGCUCGUCACUCGGUACCUGACCCCAUUCGUCCGUGUAUAUACUCAUGAUCGAGCUGGUCUUGGCAAAUCCGAAAUCAACCCCUCUGCCAACCAAUACGAGCCUCGUGUCUACGCUGAGAAGGCCGCCGAAGAUCUCGACAAACUCUUGCAAAAGGCAGGUGUAGAUGGGCCAUUUAUCUUGGUGCCCAUGUCGUGGGGCGGAAUCGUCGCUCGGGAGUUUCUCGAGCGGAGGAAGGAUGAUGUGGUUGGCAUGGUUAUGAUUGAAUGUGUACAGGAGAGGACAACCGAGCUACGUCCGAUUGAUGCGCCGAACACAAUGGCGUUCUUGAGAGGGCUGGACUUUUUUGAGGUCGUAGGAGUCAAGGACCGACACCGAUUGACGCCAGUGGAGUGGCGGACCCAGCUUCAAGAAAUCGCAGAGAAUGGCCCGCAGACAGCCGUCGAAACUUUCGCUUGGCCGUUGACUGAAAAGACACUGGGAGAAAAGAUGCAAUUUGAAAGGCAGAUUCUCGGCAGUAAGCCGAUCAGUGUUAUCAAGGGCAACGCCGCUCGGGAAUAUCAGCAGGUGUACGACGCUGGGGUAGCGGCUGGCAACGGGACUGAGGAGCAGCGAGCCAUAGUCUCAAAGAUGAUUGACGGAAUGGAAGAGAAGGAGGAGACAUUGCAGCGAGAGCAACUGAAUUUGUCUUCAGUUUCUCGGUUUGUGCAGUUGGAGAAGCCUGGCCACCUGGUCAUUCUGGAGGAGCCUGAGGCUAUAGCUGCUGAAGUUCAGUGGGUUUUGGAGAAGUUCUCCCAGGAGAAAUGAGCAGGAGGCUAUAGAAUAGAACUGGACAACUGCAAACAUAAAGGCCAAGCAGAUCAAGGCCAAGCAGAUCAAGGCCGUACCUACAUGGCAAGCUUUCGAAGUGUUCUCAGAUAAUGGGGUAAUGCGAAUCGUCUCUUUCUAUUUC